AUGUCGAGGGGUGAAAACCCUCUUUCCGCUCCAAAGCUCCCGAAAUUGCACAAAGAAGGCGUCGGGGCUGUGGAAGAGGCGUCGCAGAGAACCGUCAUUGGCCCCUGCUUCCCCACCAUCAUGAGACCCCGCCCUGGUGGAAACUCUCUGCUACCGAUCGUUCGUACUUACAUUCAGUGGUCGGAGGCCGUAGUGACAGGUUGUCGUAGAGCGAAAUUCAUUGCCGUUUCUGAAUCAUCGCUCAGCGGAAUCAGUAGUUUCUUCGUGAAAAGUGAUGCUUGA